UGUGAAUUUCGCAGAGCGUCAGGCAGCGCAAUUCCGCCGUCGCUGUAGCUUUCUGCGCCUUUCCCGCUGCUGCACUGCAUUUGUGCCCUCUUUGCGACUCCGCCGACCCGCGCAUGAGGUCAUCGCACGACGGGCGGGCGCCACACAUCACUCCUCUACCAGCACGACCAUCACCAUGGCUUCUCUCCGCGAUCGCCAGAUCGCGUCCAUCCAGCGUAUCCUCAAUCUGAACGCCCCGAAGCAGCCCUCUGAUGACGACGCCAACCAUGCUCUGCCCGCCGCCAACACCCCAAUUCUCUCCGAAACAGGCGAGCCGAUAUGGAAAGUCCUGGUGUUCGACGACUUCUCGCGGGAUGUCGUCUCCUCGGUCCUGCGCGUCAACGACCUGCGGGCCUGGGGCGUGACGAUAUACCUGUCUAUCAACACCACAAGACACAUGAUUCCCGAUGUGCCUGUCAUCUACCUCGUAGAACCCACCGCCGCGAAUCUCCAAGUCAUCACGAGCGACCUUUCGCGCAGCCUAUACUCUCCCGCCUACAUAAACUUUCUAUCCUCGGUGCCGAGACCCCUCCUCGAGGACUUCGCCCAGCAGACAGUGGCCUCUAGCACUGCAGAGCACAUUGCCCAAAUAUACGACCAGUACCUGAACUUCAUCGUUUCCGAACCUGAUCUGUUUUCCCUGGGCAUGAAGGGUGCAUACGGCACCUUGAACAGCGCGAACGUCUCCGACCAGGAACUAGACGCGCUCGUGGACCGCAUUGUGUCUGGGCUUUUCUCCGUCGUUGUGACCAUGGGCACCAUCCCCAUCAUUCGCUCCAGCAAGGGUGGUCCGGCUGAGCUUGUUGCGGCGAAGCUAGACAGGAAGCUGCGAGACCACAUCCUAAACUCGAAGACAAAUCUCUUCUCUGGCGACCAAAAGUCAUCCGCCACAAGUUCCAGACCCGUGCUCGUUCUCGUGGAUCGAAACGUCGACUUGACAGCCAUGCUCAGUCAUAGCUGGGUUUACCAGUCUCUAAUCUAUGAUGUUCUAUCGAUGCAUCUCAACAAAAUCACCAUGAACGUGCCAGUCGAUAGCGACCAUCCUGAGAGGGGGACCAAAAAACAAUCCUACGACCUCACCGCUUCAGAUAAUUUCUGGCUCCGCAAUUCUUCCCUUCCAUUCCCAGAAGUAGCCGAAAACGUGUCAACAGAAUGGAACAAAUACCAAGAGGACGCCAAUGAAAUUACGAAAAAGACAGGCACUUCAUCAAUAGAUGACCUCUCGGGUGAUACGAAUUCAUUUGCAGCACAUUUAAAAGGUGCCAUGGCAGCUCUGCCUGAGUUGAAGGAGCGGAAAGCGACCAUCACAAUGCAUAUGGAGAUUCUCGAAGCGCUCAUGAGAGGAAUCAAGGAUCGCAAGCUCGAUGAGUACUUCCAGCUGGAAGAAGAACUCUCCAAGCAGACUAAAGCCCAGGUGCUAGAUCUGAUCAAAGCAUCCGACAAAGGCAACGAACCGCUCGAUAAGCUAAGGUUAUUCCUCCAAUGGUAUCUUACAACUGAGACAGAACUCACCAGAACAGACCUAGACAGCUUCACACAAGCCUUAGAAGUCGCAGGUGCCGACACAACGUCCAUUAAAUACGUCAGAACCGUUCGACAACUUACCCGCAUGACCAUGAUUUCCUCUGCCCCAACACAACCAGCACAAAACACUGCUUCUCAACUGUUCGGUGGUUUCAGUGGUCUCUCAUCUCGUGUUACGGACAAGUUCAAGGAAGCUGGUUUGGGCGCCAACAUUGGCGGUCUUCUCGAAGGUGUCAAGAACUUCUUGCCCGCGAACAAGGAUCUCACUUUGACCAAGAUCACGGAAUCACUCAUGGACCCUGCAAAUGCAUCGUCGAGUGCAAUCCAGAAGACAGAGAACUACCUCUACUUCGACCCACGGUCUGCGAACGCUCGAGGUACACUACCUCCUGCAAGCCAAGCCCGCAACCAGCAAGGCACGCGGAUCGGCAUCGAAGCUACGUUCGGACAGCGCCGGCAAGCCUUCUCUGAGGCCAUUGUUUUCUCCGUCGGCGGCGGCAGCAUGGACGAAUACGGCAACCUGCAGGAGUGGGCAAAGCGGACGAGCGCAGGCGGCGCAGCAGGCACAGGCCAGAAGAGGAGAGUAAUAUACGGGUCCACAGCGAUACUCUCCGCGACCGAGUUUGUCACCACAGACCUCGCGAUGUUAGGCAAGGAGACCUCAUAAGCCCGGUCGGUGCCGAGCGUCUCCGCCACAAUAUAAGAUACAAUGCAUAUGCAAAAUGCAACAAUAUAGACCCUCACCCCAGUUGACGUACUCCCGUAUUCCAUCCAACGUAUAUUCGCCUGUAUUGUAGUAGCGCCAUCCCUGGGUUUCACCGCCCUGCCCGCU